CUCGUCCGUCCACAUCCACUUGCGUUUUUGUUUUUUUAUUUAGUUGCGGCCCAAGGCUUGGCCUCAGAGAGGGAGAGAGAGAGAGGGGCAAUGCUCAUUUAUCACAUUUGAAACUCUGAAUUACAAAACGCGAAACGGGAGCAGAGCUACGUACGAUAUUAUUAUCCAGCCAGGCAGGCCAGUCCCGCAAAGCACAAAACAGGCGCGCGCAUGUUCGUCGUCGUGGCAGCCCCCCACACACACACACACACACACACACACAUACAUACAGACACACACAAGUCCAGACCGAAAGCCCGCCAACCCCACCAGCCAGCUACCAGACCAGACCCGACCCCAUCCACAGCUCCAGUCGCAGUCGCAGCCCCAAAGAAACGUCCGCUCAGUUCGUGUUUCGUGAUCAACGCUCUCGGUUGGCACUCGUGUCUGUGUCUGUGUCCGUCUUCGGGUCGAGCACUCUUCGGCAUUUCGGUCGUUCGGCAUCCAGGGACCCACACGGCAUCCCUACGUUUCAGUUCUGAUUGGAGAUUCGUGCGCCGCCGUUGAUAGUCCAAGUACGCGGCGUUUCCCUGCAGCCCCAAGCUUUGAAGCUUUUAUUAUUUUGCAUUUCGUUUUGGCUUUAUGUUCGUGUUUGCCUUCCGUUCACGUCUCCUACAUAUAUUCGCUUGUGGCCUAUGUUUUUGCACAACUGUUUAUGAUUUGAUUCGCAACUGCAACAGCAACAGCAACUGCAACAGCAGCAACAACUACACAUUCAAUCGAAUCCAAAAAGUGCUCUAGUGUUGCAAAACUAACCAACAGCAGGCGACGGCAGCGGAUUACGGAUUACUAAGAAUCUUCCAAGAAUCGUACGCCCUGGAUUAUAUGUUCUGUACAUUCAAACGAUUGUCAGGAAGCAGGACGAGUUACAAGGACCUUAGAUGAGACCCGCGCGCUACGCCUAACAAUUGAAUGAAGAUCACUAUAUAGGGUAUCCAGACAGAUCACCCCGUCCGAAAAUCAAUCAACUAUCAAAGGGACCACCACCGGCAACCGCAACCACAACGGCUUCCAAAUGAAGAUGGCAUCCCAACGAUUCUGCCUGCGAUGGAACAAUCAUCAGAGCAACCUGCUGUCGGUCUUCGAUCAGCUACUCCACGCAGAAACCUUCACAGACGUGACGCUGGCCGUGGAAGGACAAUACCUAAAGGCACACAAGAUGGUGCUAUCCGCCUGCAGUCCAUACUUCAAUGCUCUGUUUAUCAAUCAUCCGGAAAAGCAUCCGAUUGUCAUAUUAAAGGAUGUGCCCUACUCCGAUAUGAAGUCCCUGCUGGACUUCAUGUAUCGCGGCGAGGUGUCCGUGGAUCAGGAGCGUCUUACCGCAUUCCUACGCGUGGCCGAGAGCCUGCGCAUCAAGGGCCUCACCGAGGUGAACGACGAUAAGCCCUCGCCGGCAGAGAGCACACCGGCGGCAGCAGCGCCGCCACAGUUACAGCGCAUUCAGCCGUAUCUGGUGCCGCAGCGCAAUCGGUCACAGGCCAGCCUCUUGGCCAGCACCGCCAGUGCCGCCAACAGUGCCACACUGCCGGUGCAGCCGUCACUCCUCAGCUCCGCCCUAAUGCCCAAGCGUAAGCGGGGCAGGCCCCGCAAGUUGUCCGGCAGCUCCAAUGGCACCGGCAACGACUACGAAGACUUUGAACGCGACAACCUAAUGAAUGAAACGGACAUGGGCAAUGGCAAACUGGGCAACGACUCCUACUCUGGCAACGAUGAUGGCUCCGAUGAUAACCAACUGGAAUCUGGAAAUAAUGAUGAUUUAAAUGAAAGUCGCGAUUCUCUGCCCUCGAAACGAUCAAAGAACUCAAAGGAUCAUCGGGUGGUUAAUCAGGCAGAGGACAACAGCACUUCCGUGACACCCGCACAGUCGCAGGCCACACCGGAACUCUCGCAGCGGCUCUUUGGCUCCACCUCAACGCUGACGACCACAAUUUCGGCCAAGACAACCACUGUAGCAGGAGCAGGACCGGUAUUGGGGGCAGCCCAAACUACUACCGCUGUGGCAGAGCCAGCGGUGGCCACACUGCUGGAGAUUGGCGAUAAUCCAGUCCACCUGCCAACCAUUCUGGGACUGAAGAUACGCGCCAUUAACCCCAACACUACUUCCCCACAGAAGCAGACACAGACACAGACCCAACCACCAUCGCCCACACAAUCGCAUUCUCAGUUGCAAUCAAAGACAAAGCCUAAGGGAAAUGGCAGCAACAGCAACUCUCUGCUGAAGCAACAGCUGCGCGGCGGGGCUAAAGAUCCCGAGGUACCCAGUGCCAGUCGGCUGCAAGCAGCAGUAGCAGCCGCAUCCCCCAACGAAGAGACUGACAUCGAGAGCCAGAAGUGCCAGCAGGAGGCACACAGUGGGCUACAGUCGCUGGCCAAUGCAGCGGAGCAACAGGCAGCACAAGUGGCCAACAGCAGCGACAGCCUGCACCACCAGUUGUUGCUGCACAUGGCCGCCAAUCAGCAGAAGGCGGCGGACUAUUACCAGCAGCAGCAGCAACAGCAGCAGGCAUCGCCCUUGAGCGCCGACCAGUAUCCGGAUGAUGACAUGGAGCUUCUCUGCGUUGCGGAGCAGCAGGAUAAGGCUGAUGAUGAGCCCGAUCACGACUUGCUUACACUGGCCGAUGAAAACGCUGGACUGCCUGGCUACCAUCAAGCCACCGACUCCGAACCCCAUGCAGUGUCCGCAAAAUCGUCAGCAGCAUCUGGCGGUGUCCGAGCAAGCAAUCCACCGCGCCUGUCGGGCUCCAAGAAGCCAGCCAAGCGACCCAUUCAGCGGAGAAGGGUGCGACGCAAGGCCCAGUCCACGUUAGACGACCAGGCGGAGCAUCUGACGGAGAUGUCGGUGCGGGGACUGGAUCUGUUUCGAUACGCCAGCGUGGUGGAGGGCGUCUAUCGGUGCACAGAAUGUGCCAAGGAGAACAUGCAGAAGACAUUCAAGAACAAGUACAGCUUCCAGCGGCACGCGUUCCUCUACCACGAGGGCAAGCAUCGCAAGGUGUUCCCCUGUCCGGUGUGCUGCAAGGAGUUCUCACGUCCGGACAAGAUGAAGAACCACCUUAAGAUGACGCACGAGAACUUCACGCCACCCAAGGACAUUGGCGCCUUUAGUCCGCUCAAGUAUUUGAUCACCGCAGCGGCAGCUGGCGACAUGCAAGCCUCCAUGUACCAGCAGCAACAACAACAGCAGCAGCAGCAGGAGCAGUACCAGCGACAGCUCGAACAGCAAAUGGAGCAACAGCAGAUGGAGCACCAGCAGCAGCAGGAUGGCUGCCUACUGCUGCCAGAGGACGUGAAGCAGGAGGACCAGGACCAAGAGCUGAGUGACGGCUAUGAGGCCUCCAAUCCCGAGGCAGCCGCCGCGGCCAUGCUGAGCCUGCACCACGAUGUCAUCAUCAAGAAUGAGAUACAGAUCUCGCCGUCGCCAUCGCCCUCGCCGCCCACCACAUGCGCUGUGGCCGAGGGCAAGACCCUGGCACUGGCCACCAACGCACAAACCACCGCAACGUAAAGACUUUUGGAAGGGGAUCCCCCACUUAACGCUAACGCACACACUGAACGCACCUUAAAGCGAGGUCUCUCAACUGUAGAAUACUUGAUAGGCAAUAAGCAAUUGAAAAAACACUCAACAGGAUUGUUAGUUAAAUUAAAGCAAUACUAAGCUACUACGACUACAACGUGCUCCGUCCAGAUAGCCUUAAAACUAAGUAAAACACUCUUAAGCUAGUGUAUCUGUAGCCUGUAAGACUGUAAUCCUUAGGCCUAAGCUGCUGCUGCUGCUGCUGGCAAUCGGGGAGAACGUAAGCCCACCUGCCAUUUGCGCGCGCACACACACAGUUCAGUGAACUCUAAUGACUUUCGGCUUUAAUUAUUAAACAAUUUACAUAGUUGGAAGAGAGAGAGAGAGAACCCUACCGAACCCCACAAGGGGUAGUGGGGCAAAUUUUAGAACUUUUUAAUUUCAUUUUUGUGAUUUUGUUGAACCUUUCUUAAUAUUUUUUAACUUUUUAGCAUUCUUAUUGUUUUUUUGUUGUACAUAUAGGUAUAGCAUAUAGAUUUGUUUAAUACUCAAAGUCCGUAGUAUAAUUUUGUUCAUUACCUUGGCAACAAGUGGAAGUGAAAUCAAAUGUAUUGGCUAUUUGUGCAAUUAUCAAAAUGAUUUGGUUCAGGGGCCACCACCUCGGACGGAAAUGGCACGGAAGGAGGAGCGCAGGCCCCACCAAAAUGUUGUAAACUUAAUUAUCGACUACUUAAUUAUGAUAUAUACGUAGUACUAUGUAGAUUAUAAGGCAUGUUCCAAUGUACAACAAAAUGCGCAAAGGACUUCCCCAGUGAAGAAGAAGAAAUCUGAACUGAACUGAUAUUUAUACGAAACGAAAGGAGAAAGGCCAACCUAGAGGUGAAGUGGGAUCCUCUGUCUGGCAAUUAUUGUAUUAUGUAUUAUCACAUCAACAAUUUACUUAAAAGGCAACCAUUACGACUUAAACUUACAAUGCGCUCAAUCCGAUAGAUAUUAUAAUAUACUACAGAUAUUACAAAAGAUCAGAUGCGAGUGCAGUCUAGGCUUACGAUUCGAUUCAUGGAGAGACACUGGAAAGAGUUCAUUAAAAAUAAAGAGAAU